AUGUUCCGCCAGAACCAUGCUGUCGUUAUUGUGGAUCCCACCUACAUUCAAAUUGGCCGGCGCGGUGAGGUGAACGUGAAUAUGGAUACGAUUCGGGAGAUUUUCUUUGGCAUGUCGGACGAGAAAGUGCUGAUACCAAUCAACGUAAGCGGAAUCCACUGGUGCUGCAUCAUGAUCGACCUAACCAAAAACGACGUGCUAUUGUACGACUCCAUGUGCUCAUCGUAUUUGACAAAGGUGCGAGUAGUAGCUGAGAUGCUAGUAGCGAUAAUUCCUGACGCACGGGUCAAGCGCUACAGAAUCCGCAGGGUAGACGGCGAUCUCGGUAUCCAGUUCGACAGCUAUAACUGCGGCAUUUACGUGCUCGUGUCGUUCGAGCUAUUUGUCAGGGAGGAGCGUACGGGAGCACUGGAUAAGGAUCUCUUGAAGUGCCUCCGAUACAGGUAUCUCUGCAUGUGCAUGUAA